AAAUGCACUAAUCCAUGAAUACCUUUAUUUACUAUGCUGCAGUUUAUUGGUGAAUUUCAAACGAGAAAACAGAUUCGUGGUGGUUUUCAAAUAAUUCAUAUAUUGUUGUUAAAUACUUGGAUAAUAUAUAAAAAAAAUAUUUGAUUAAGCUUAAUAAUUAUCAAACAUAAUUAAAACGUAAUAAUCGUUAACUUAAAUUGACAAAUGCAUAUUAGAAUUCGUUUUAUUUAUAUGUGCCAUUAUCUCAUAUAACUUAUUUCGUUCACUGAUUCUUAUUGUUCCUUAAAAACUGUCUUCUAUAAUGUUUCAUAGUAUAAUUCACUUUUUUUAUUUGAUUAACAUCAUAUAAAGAUUAUGAAUUUGUUAUUAUAAAUAUAAAGUUUAUUUGACGUUCAACUAGUAACAAUUAGUAGUAAUUGUGUGCAUUAGUUGAAUUAAAUCCUUCGUUGAUACAGACUUCAAUUUUUUUUAUGAGUUAAAUUUAAUGUUUUAUGUCUUUCUUUUUCUUUAUUACGAAAAAUUACGUAGACGUUUGCACAGUUAAAAACAAUUUUAGUGAAAUGAGUCAGUCAAAGCUAUCAACACCAAACAAAAUUAAAUAUGAUGGUACUUUAAUAAAUAGUAAGAGAAUAUACGAAUCUCCAAUCAAACAAAAUGAAAAUAAAUAUAAACAAACAAUGUAUCAAAAGAAUGCAGGUCGUUUUACAAAUUUACCAAAUCAUAUAACACCACCAUCAGGAUUAACGAAGUUCAUUGCAAGGAAUCCAUUUGAAAAUGAUUUGACAAAUAGAUUGCACAUGUCUGUUAUCAGUCCAACUGUUUUUAAUAAGAUUUCUAAUUCCCAACAAUCACCUGAAUUUGCAUGGAGCGUAGAGGAAUUAGCUCUAAUAAAACCAGCAGAAAUAGAAGAAUUUCCUAUAGAACAAAUACACAAUGUAGAUCCAGACAUUGAACUAAAGGCUCAGGCGGCAAUUGAUAAAUUUUUUAUGACAAAUGAGAUAAUACCAAGCCCAUGGGAAUCUAAGAGAAAAGAAUAUAAAGUAGACAUUAAAAUGGAUACUCCUAAACGGCUUACUGAUAAAUCAAAUAUAAUUAAAGAUUCUUUUAAAACAACCAAAAAAGAUGGUACAUGCCAAACAAUUUUAUCUCUUCCUCCAAAAUUGCCUCAAAAUGUUGAAGAAGCUUUAAAACCUUAUUUUACGUUUAACGAGGAACAAAAUGUAGAUAGUGAUGAUGCAAAUUUAAGUACAAGUUCAUUAAGGAGAAAAUUAUUCUUCAAUCACACUGAGUGUCUUGAAGAUGAAGAGCAAAGUUCUUUGCUAGUUUCACCAAUCAAAAUGAACACUUCUUUAACAUUCUGUAAGAGUCCUCCAGAAAGCGGAAUGUUUAUAUGUGGCACACCAUUAAGGAAACUUUCACGUAAGAUGCAGCGUCAUGGAACACCUAUACAAAAUUCUGAAAAUCUAUCACCUAAUAUAUCUUCUAUACCUGAUAUAAGGAAUACAUCAGUAGAAAAUAUGAAAACUCGCUCCCGUUCAGCAGUAAAAUUAGAUUUUAGUCAAAGCAUAGAGAUGUCUACAGAAAAUAUUAAAGUUUCUGAAAAUAAUGAAGUACCAGAUAUAGUUUUAUUUUCGCAUAACUCAAAUAUAAACAAAGAAAAUUUAAAUCCAUCAAAUAAUGAUCAUGAGAACAUGAGAACAGACAUAUCUGUAGAAAUGAAUUCAGUAAUGGAAAAUUCUACAUCUUUAAUCAAAGACAAUGCAAAAAAUGAAAUGAUUAAAGAUAAAGAUAAAUAUCAUAAUAAUAUUAAUGAGAUGAAACAUUUGUCUGAUUUAAGUCAAACUUAUAAAUUGGAGAAUUGCACUUCGCACAAAACUAAUAUAUUUUUGGGAAUGUCUGAAAGACAAAGUGCUUCUAAUAUAGUUCAAGACACUGGAUAUCAAACUUAUUCCAUGAAUAGUACAACAAAUCUAAUGGAAAGUAGUUCAGUUAAGCAGAAAUUUUAUUACAAUGAACAGUUUUUAAUAUCUGACGAUGAAAUUCCACUUUCUGAUUGGAAAGAAAAUUUUAAACACUUUGCUUGUUCUACACCGUCAAAAUAUAACCAUGAAAAGGCUGGUUAAAUUUAUCUUCUUUAUGAACGAGGAUUUGUUAAAUUCUUGUAGAAUGAAUAAUAAGAAUAUUUAAUUUCUACUAAUUAUCAUUAUUAAUAUUUUGACUUUUAUAUAUGCA